AUGGCCACUACAACUGCAACUAAUAAUAAUAAUAAUAAUAGUAUUAGUAAUAAUAAUCAUAAUCAACCACCACCACCUCCAUAUUCAAAAGCACCACCAACAACAGCAUUAAAUAAUAAUAAUAACGAUCCACCUCCUUCAUUUGCACAAUAUACUAAUAAUAAUAAUAAUAAUACUAAUAAUAAUACUAAUACUAAUAAUAAUAAUAAUAAUAAUAAUAAUAAUAAUAAUAAUAAAAUUCAAAUAUCUUCAGCCUCAUCAUCAUCAUCUGGUAAUGGUGAACAUGAUUUAGUUUCCGCUGCUGAAGUAUUAACUCAAUUAACUCAAAAGAAUCAACAGCAACGAUCUAACCACCAAUAUCAUUCAAUAUCAUCAUCUUCUUUAAGUACUGAUAAUGAAAUACUAGAUGAUCAACCACCACCACAAAUUAUUACUUCGAAUUCUUCAGUUUCUAAUAUUCAUGAUAUAAUUAAUAAAGAUGAUGAUGAUGAUGAUGAUGAUGAUGAUGAUGUUGAUGAUGAUGAUGAUGAUUACAAUACUACUUCCCAAUCUACAACUAAACAUCCAUUCGUUUCAACAAUGUCUAUGGUUGCUAAACAUCCAGUAAUUAUCAAUGCUGUUAAAUAUUAUGAAACUUCAAAAAGAAAUUAUCCAUCUUUUAAUUAUGCCGCAGGUAUAGUUGAAGCUGCUGCAAUACCAGUUGUACAAAAAAUUGAAACUGGUCUUAAUACAAGACAUCAUAGUAGAAGUAUUGUUAAAGAAGGCAAUGAAAUUAAUUUUUAUGCUGAUCAUAAACAACAAAUUGAAGAACCAUCAACCCAACCUAAAAAGAGAAGACUUAGUAAUUCAUCAACUUCAUCGCAACAAUCGAUAGUUACCUCGCCAUAUGAUGUUAAAAAAAGAUUACAAUUUUGCAUUCAUAUUUUAAAAUUGGCAAAUACAAAUAUAUCAUCUAAAGUAAUCUAUUUACAAGAUAAAUUAAAUGAAACAGCCAAUUCAGUUAAAGAAGAAAGAAAUUUACCUCCUGAACAAGCUUGUCAAAAGACAAAAGUUGAAAUUGUAGGUACUGUUAAAAAAAUUAUUCAUUUAAUUUCAAAUUUUAGACCAUCAUCAUUAAGUCAACAUACUCAAAAAGAUAAUACAGAUUUAUCACCUAUAUCUUCAGCUCAAAGUACUACAGAAGAUGAUAUUAAACAAAUUAUCAGAGAUAUUAUAUUAAGUUUACCUAGAUCAUUACAAAAUUCAGAUAAUAAUUCAGAAUCAAAUGAUAAAAUAGUAGUAUUUGCAAAUGAAUCUUUGGAAAUGAUUAAUAAAUUAACUGUUGUAUUAAAUCAACAAUUACAUAAGGUUGAAAAUUGGGUAAAUGGUGAAGAACAAGCACAACAAGGAAUUAAUGAAAAAGAUGUUAUAAUGAAAGAAGAAAAUGAAAUAGAUUCAAGCUCAACAAGAUGUUCAAGUGAAGAACCAGAUGCAUUAAGUAAAGCAACAAAAAGAAUGAAAAUUACAGAAAAUAAUGAUUAG